GACGCCUUAUUUACAGGAGCCGCGCGGCGUCCCCCGCCGCAGCGUUAGAACUUCUGGCUGGUUGCGGUCUCUGGGGCGUUGUACCUGCGCUCAGGCGCUCGGUGAUCUUGGCCUCGGGCCCGCGAGUCCUAUCCCGACAGCACAGGGCGCCAGGACCCACUUUUUUCUCCAUAGGCUCCGAUGCUGGUCUCUGGUAGAAGAAGGUGGCUCACGGCUCUGCUGCAGGCUCAACGUUGGCCCUUUCAACCCUCCAGAGACAUGAGAUUGGUGCAGUUCCGGGCACCCCACCUGACGGGACCUCAUCUGGGCCUGGAGUCAGGGAAUGGUGGAGGUGUCAUCAACCUCAGCGCCUUUGACCCCACACUGCCCAAGACGAUGAUAGAGUUCCUGGGGCAGGGAGAGGCCGCUCUCUCAGUGGCAAAGAGAGCCCUGGCUGCCCAGUUGCCAGUCCUUCCACGGUCAGAAGUGACAUUCCUGGCCCCAGUUACACGGCCAGACAAGGUGGUGUGCGUGGGCAUGAACUACGUGGACCACUGCAAAGAGCAGAACGUGCCCGUGCCCAAGGAGCCCAUCUACUUCAGCAAGUUUGCCAGCUCCAUCGUGGGGCCCUACGACGAGGUCGUCCUCCCUCCCGAGAGCCAGGAGGUGGACUGGGAGGUGGAGCUGGCCGUGGUCGUUGGAAAGAAGGGCAAGCACAUCAAGGCCACAGAUGCCAUGGCCCAUGUGGCUGGCUUCACUGUGGCACAUGACGUGAGUGCUCGUGACUGGCAAAUGAGACGCAAUGGAAAGCAGUGGCUGCUGGGAAAAACCUUUGACACCUUCUGCCCCCUGGGCCCUGCCUUGGUGACCAAGGACAGUGUAGCAGAUCCACACAACUUAAAGAUCUGCUGCCGAGUGAACGGGGAGGUGGUCCAGAGUAGCAACACCAACCAGAUGGUGUUUAAGACAGAAGAGCUAAUAGCCUGGGUCUCCCAGUUCGUCACUCUUUUCCCAGGGGACGUCAUCCUGACUGGCACCCCCCCAGGUGUUGGUGUAUUCAGAAAACCUCCUGUCUUUCUCAAGAAGGGCGACGAAGUCCAGUGUGAGAUCGAAGGACUAGGUGUCAUCGUCAACAAGGUGGUGUGACGGCCUCUACCGCGGGACGAGGUGGGGGCAUCUGUUCCCACUGAGCCCAGCACAGGGAGAGGCCCAGUGCCAGCCCCCGAGUAGCUCCCCUUCCAGGUAGACGGGGAGGAGAUGGUGCUCUCCUCCUCAAUAAACUUCUUUUUGGCUUCCUU